CGUUCGACUCUUUUAAAAGUUAUUCCCAAACAAGAGCGGGAACAAUGCGGUGCAUAAUUAUAAUCUGUUCUUUUAUCGGAUUUGUUCUAUUAGUGCACCUAAACGCUAACGAGGCAAUCGUCUUUCGGUUCACGAACUUUGUCUGUGAGAGCUACAACAAGUCGUUUAUAGUGUUUAAUUACUGUCGCCUGAAGGCGGUCAAUCGAAAUAAAGUGAUCCUCAAUAUGAAUGCGACUAUAUUGCACUCGGCCGCCAGAAUUACGUUUCAUUGCAGGCUGUUCAAGAAGGCAAGCGGCUAUAAACCCUGGACAGUUGACAGAACAUUGGAUCUCUGUCGCUUUAUGCGAACCGGCUAUGAUCCAUAUUUCAAAAUAGUCUAUGGACUCUUUCAUGAUUUUUCCAACGUAAAUCAUACAUGUCCGUAUGUGGGACAUCAAAUUGUAAAGGACUUUUAUCUGAGACCUGAACUACUGGGUCUCCUCCUGCCAACGGGCGAUUACCUGCUGGCUCUGCAUUGGAUGUUUGGAAGAAAUGAAAUAGAUACAAAUGUGAGUUUUUCCUUUGUAGAAGACCUCCUCACGAGCAAAUAAUAGAUUCGA